AUGGGCUUGCAAUCAGCUUGUAAAGAGGGAGGAAUGCCCAAUCAAGAGAAGAGGCUAUUAGCUGGUGAACAGGAAGAAAAGGGAAGCAUGUCCUUGUUCAUUCCUCCAUUACAGUCUCUAAAGAAUGUGGUGGAAAAAAUGUGGAGUCUUGUCAUGGCAACAUUUAUGAUCAACGCACUAGAAAAAGAAUUUAGCUUCCAUGAUCUUGAAAGUCCUAUGAAUCCUGAAGUUCUAUUAAAUGUCAGUGAGAUCAUUCGCAACUGGAAAUAUCCACUUGAAGAGCAUGAAGUUGAAACUGCAGAUUCAUAUAUCCUUACCCUUCACAGAAUUCCAUAUGGAAGAGCAGGCAAUAAAGUAUCAGGUCAGAGACCUGUUGUGUUUUUGCAGCAUGGUUUGUGGGCAUCAUCUGCCUCCUGGGUCUCCAAUCUUCCCAACAACAGCCUGGCCUUCAUUCUAGCAGAUGCAGGUUUUGAUGUGUGGAUGGGAAACAGUCGGGGAAACACCUAUUCUCUGAAACAUACAACUUUGUCAACAAAUUCUUCAGAGUACUGGGCUUUCAGCUUUGAUGAAAUGGCAAGAUAUGACCUUCCAGCCUCUAUUGACUAUGUUGUGGAAAACACUGGACAGAAGAUAUAUUAUGUGGGCCAUUCUCAAGGAACCCUUAUUGCUUUUAUAGCAUUCUCUACCUUACCAGAGCUGGCUCCAAAAGUCAAAGCUUUUUAUGCCUUAGCACCAGUUUUUUAUAUUCAGCAUAUAAAAAAUUCCCUGGUUCAACUGUUUUCCAAGAUCCCUGAGCCAAUGCUGAAGCUCAUACUGGGUGACAAGGACAUUCUGGCCCAGUCUGACAACAACAAGUUUCUGGCCACCAAAGUAUGCAACAAUAAAAUAAAUGAAGUCAUCUGUAGUGGACUCAUCUUCAGUUUAUUUGGGUUUGAUCCACAAAACUUAAACAUGAGUCGAAUUGAUGUAUAUGUGGCCCAUCAACCAGCAGGAACAUCCACCCAGAACAUUUUCCAUUAUUAUCAGGUACUAUUUUCCCUCUAAUUAAGAGCUUAUGACUGGGGGAAUCCCAAAAAGAACAUGGCCCACUAUAAUCAGUCUACUCCUCCAAGGUACAACCUAUCAACCAUGCAAGUGCCAACUGCCCUGUGGAGUGGUCUAAGAGAUAUUUUGGCUGACCCAGAAGAUGUCUCCAUCUUAGUCCCCCAAAUCCCCAACCUGAUUUACCACAAGAUUCUGCCUAAAUACAAUCAUUUCAGUUUUACUUUUGGCAUUAAUGCACCUCAAGAUAUUUACUAUGAAAUCAUCAAGAUGAUGAAAGAAACUUCAUGA